AACUGAAUGUGUAUCUGUUGUUUCCCCUCCUGACCUCCGGGCGGCAGCGUUCUUUCAUUUUAAACUUUUAAUCUGAAAAACCCUGACUGGGAGGACACCGGAAGUCUGGUGUCUUCACUGUGAUGUGUGUCUGGCGGCGGGAUAGCUGUGUAGUUUGUUAUUAGUGAGUUUUAAGAAGACAGAGCUCCAGGUAAACCCGCACACACUCAGUCCUGAACAGAAUCCAGAGUGAGUCCAGCAGCCCCAGUGGAGCUCUGCUGGAUUUCAGGACCAGAGAGGAAUGGAGGAGGACAACCAGAACCAGGAGCAGCGGAGCAACGAGGUCCCCAGAAGACAAGCAGCAGACUGGGACUCUGAUAGCAGCCAUGUUCAGGAGCCCUCAGCAGACGUCGAGCUGGCGACUGGAGCAGGAAAGAAGGGCAAGAAGGCCGAGGAGGAGGAGCAGCCUGCAGCAGUGAAGGAGGAGGAAGAGGAGCAGCCUGCAGCAGUGAAGGAGGAGGAAGAGGAGCAGCCUGCAGCAGUGAAGGAGGAGGAAGAGGAGCAGCCUGCAGCAGUGAAGGAGGAGGAAGAGGAGCAGCCUGCAGCACCUCCUGCAGCUGCAGCAGCAGUGAAGGAGAAGGAGGAGGAGGAGGAGUAUGUGGUGGAGAAGGUUUUGGACCGCAGAGUGGUGAAGGGAAGAGUAGAGUUUCUGCUGAAAUGGAAGGGGUUCUCAGAUGAGGAGAACACAUGGGAGCCUCAAGACAACCUGGACUGCCCCGACCUUAUCACCGAGUACAUGCAGAAACACAAGGAGGAGGAGGAGAAAAAGAAGGAGGGCAAGAGGAAAGUUGUCCAUGAGGCCUCGGGAGACUCAGAGGAGCGAGGGAGCAAGAGGAAGAAGGAGGAGAAACGGAGAGGAGGAAAGGGACCCAAAUGUCACCACUGUCAACACUGUGACAAAUCCUUCACAACAUCAACAUAUUUAAAGAUUCAUCAGAGAGUUCACACUGGAGAGAAUCUACACAGCUGUGAUCAAUGUGGGGCAGCUUUCACACUACAGAGUACCCUGAAAGACCAUCAACGCCUUCACACUGGAGAGAAGCCUUACAGCUGUGAUCAAUGUGGGAAAACCUUUUCUCAGCGUGGUCAACUUGAAAUCCACCGACGUGUUCACACUGGAGAGAAGCCGUACUGGUGUGAACAAUGUGGGAAAACUUUUUCUCAUAGUAGCAACCUUAAAAAACACCAGCUCAUUCACACUGCCUCGUAGUGAACAUGUUUCAGAGCCAAGCUGUUUCCUCCUGCCUCCUCCUCAUGCCCUGAUAGCUGUGUUGUUAUAUUCUGAUCUUCUCUCCACAUUGAAGGCUGACCA